AUGUCUGCGUUGAAUCUUUCCAAGAAUCCGAUAUACGACCAUUGCUUUUCUCAAGAUAGAAAAACUGUCGCCAUCACCAAAGAAAAUGAUGUUUUGUUGUUCGAUGUUUCCGGUGCUAAGCCAUCUCUCAUCACUACCUUAACACACCAUGACAAACCAGUUACUGCGGUAGACAUCUCCUCUGACGGAAAGAUUGUUACAUGCUCUCAGGAUAGAAACGCCCUUGUAUGGGAGCCUUCCGGUGAUGGAAAGACAUAUAAACCGACUUUGGUAUUGUUGCGAAUUAACAGAGCCGCUACGUGUGCAAGAUGGGCCCCCAACGGGAAAAAGUUUGCAGUAGGAUCAAGUGAUAGAGUGGUUGCUAUAUGCUACUAUGAGGCAGAAAAUGAUUGGUGGAUUUCAAAGCAUCUAAAGAAACCUUUGCGUUCCACCAUCUUAUCCGUAGAUUGGCACCCAAAUAAUGUUCUUUUGGCCUGUGGCUCUGCUGAUGGACACGUAAGAGUGUUUUCUACAUACAUCAAAUCUGUGGAUUCGAAGCCUGACCCCUCGGUGUGGGGUGAACGCCUACCCUUUCAAACAUUAUGUGCCGAUUAUAUCAGUAACUCUGGGGGUAGUUGGAUUCAUGACGUCUCCUUUUCACCAGGCGCUGAGUUUUUGGCAUUUGUGUCACAUGAUGGGAACGUGAAUAUUGUUUAUCCUUCUCCUCCUGUCGGCUCUGAACCUGGCGUGCCUGCUGCCUAUUUUGAAGUCAGAACCCGUCAUUUACCAUUCAAAUCGCUCACGUUCAUCAAUGACAAUAAACUGGUGGCUGGUGGAUUUGAUGCCCACCCAGUAGUAUUUGAGGGUUCUGAGCAAGGCUGGCAGCUCACCAAGUCCAUUGAUGAUCCAACGGAAGCAAAGAAACAUGUCCAGGAGGAGCAGUCUGCCAUUGAUCUUUUCAAAUCAAUGGAUUUGAAGGGUAAAUCAGGUUCUAAGUUUUCGGAGUCUCUUCCUACCAUUCACCAAAAUUCAAUCACCAAAGUAAAACUCUACAGUCCAAACUCAAUAUCCACCUCAGGCAAUGAUGGUAAAGUUGUUGUCUUCAAAGUUUAG